AUGGAGCAGGAGGUGACCUCCGUGGGCCAAGACGUCCAGGUCAUCGACCCGGACGUGCGUGCCCAUGUCUACAGCCUGGUUACUGCGCUGGGAGGCUUCAACGGCGAAGAUGCGGACCGUUAUAUGCUGGGAGAUGACGCCUUAUCAUGUCUUCGUGAUAUCAAGAAAUGGCUGAAGCUUUACGACGAAAAAAACAAUCGAAUGGACGUGGCGCGGUGUCUUGGUGAAGCCAACCUGGUCAAUGGUGAUCUGCUUCCCAUUCUUUCGGUCUGGUGGGCCAAUGGACAGAAAAGCAAGCAUAUGACACGAGUUGCUUUGGCAUGCCUGGAACUUUUGGUGCCUUUGACUUGGCCUGUCGAGUUUCAUAGCCAGAUGACCGUCAACCACCAUCGCCACACUCCAUACAUACAGCAAAUCCAAGUCCAGUACAAACGCGGCGUCCUCAAGUAUGGCGGGUCGAAUCUCCUGCGCUCCAUCAUCCGUAUCGCUCUUCCAAGCAUGGCCAUCUCUCGAUCCGAGCGCGAGUCCCGAGACGAAGGUAUCCUCAAGCUGAUGCUCUACUUCCUCCGCAAUAUUGCGAUUAUCACAACCAGUGCACGACUUGCGGCCGAAGGUGACGAGGAAGAGACUUCCCGAUCAGCCACGAUCAACGCGUUCCAGGACCAAGAUGCAUUCGCCCUACUUUUGACCAUGUGCUCGAACGUGGGCGAGGAUUUCAACUUGCAGGAUGUGGUUCUGCUGGAAAUUCUCUUCCACCUUGUUAAGGGUGUCAGUGUUGACAAGCUGUUCAUGGAUGAGGAACAGCGAAAGGUGAAGCGGUCUGACGAGCUUGGCGAUCUCUUGCGCAAAGAGAAUCAGGUCAAGAGAGAAUACGCUAAGAAUGCGCCUACGCGCCACGGACGGUUCGGCACAAUGAUCUGGGUCAAACGAGAUGAGCACAAGGUGUCUACCGUGUCUGGACAGAACGUCUUGCGAGACGACCAAACCACCUUGCAGAAGAUGGACCAAACCAAGAAAUGGAACAAACCUCGACCCCGCCGAAGAAAGGAAGAUGUUGUUCAGAACAAUGACUUCAACAUUCCGGUCCACCUCUCCUCAGUGGCAACCAAGAAUCUCAGAACAUUCGUGGAAGAAUUCCUAGACUCCGGCUUUAAUCCCCUUUACACCCAUGUGCGAAAGGCGAUUGAGCGAGAGGCAGACCGCGUGCUCGAGAUCAAUGCUCGGCAAUUUUUCUAUACAGUCGGCUGGUUCCUUGAAGCAGAGCGUGCCCGACGUGCGCGACAGGUGAGCCAGCGUGCUCACCAAGGCAAGCCUGCGAAAGACGUGGAACCGGAUAGCUAUGCUCUUGUUGCCGGAGUGUUGAACCAGGAAACCUUCAUUUCCCUGAACCGAGCCAUGCAAAAUAGCUUGGACAACAAGGAGUGGGAUGAUUUGACCGCCCAGAUGCGCUGCUUCACUCAAAUUCUGUUGACUGUGCAAGAGAUGGCCGUGUCACCGAUCGAGGAAGAUCAAGAAAUCGCGGAGAAUAUCCAGAAUCGGAUCUUCUACGAAGAAACGACUCAUGACCGAGUCCUUGCCAUUGUGCGCGGAUAUAAGGACCAAGGCUUCGGCUAUUUGGAUGCCGCGACUGAGCUGGCGCAUGUCUUCUUGCGCAUGCUGGAGCGCUACUCCAAGGAAAAUGCAGACAUGCAAAUCCGAUCUCGACGGAAAGCUAAUAAGCGCAAGAAGAAGGCAGCCGCCCAGAACGAAGCUCAAGAUAGCGCAGAGGAUGAGGAAGUCCAGAAUUCCGAAGAUGAAGACCUAGUGGAUACUGCGCAGGUGACCAAGGAGCGUGCUUUCGAUUUCAAGCGCUUCGCGGCCAAAUUCUGCAAUCAAAGCUGCGUGGACACUUUUGUCACCUUUACCCAAUUCUACCGCGAGUUGAAUUCGGAGCAAUUGAAGCGAGCCCACCGCUACUUCUAUCGUAUUGCGUUCAAGCAGGAGAUGACUGUUUUACUCUUUCGCCUGGACAUCAUCAGUCUUUUCCACCGAAUGAUCAAAGGCCCCGGGGCCAUGGACUCUAGCAAAUCCAUCUUCAGAGAAUGGGAAGAGUUUGUUCGGCAGAUCAUUCGACGACUGGUGAAGAGGAUUGACCAGCGACCGGCUCUGAUCACAGAGCUGCUGUUCAGCAAGAUGAACUCGACCGUCUACUAUCUUGAGUUCGGACAGGAAAGGCAAACCGUGUCUACUUCUAAACGCCCCCCAGCAGAACUCCAAUUCGUUUCCCACGAGACGCUCACAAAAGACGCUAAACAAGGAGUUGUGGUGGGUGCCCUUGUUCUUGAUGGACGGGCCGAUCUGGUAAAAUGGCUUGUCGAUAUCUUGAAGUCGGCUGCCUCCGAACGGGAGGCCUGGGAGGCUCAAGAUGAAGCUCGUCGCGCGGAAGACCCCGAAGCUGCCAAUACGCCCAACCCGAUGAUCCCUGUAAAACCCCGUGAUGAUGUCGUUCAAAACGCCAUGUUCUCCAACGCCAAGCUUCGUCUUCUCAUGGAGUCUAUUGGGCUCGAGCGACUUGGCAUGGAAGACGUGCGCGGUGCCCAAUGGAUAAUCCCGGCGACCAUGUCGUCGACUGAUCUGCACGACAGCGUUUCCAAUAUCAACAAGGCUAUCCUGAAUCCCAUGCCCGAGGGCAGUCAUGAAGAUCCUCGACAGCUGCUGCGCCGUAGAGAGGCUGGCAGUGCGCGAGAAAGCCUAGCCCCAGGAACGCUCAACAUCAACUUCGGAUCAGACUCCGAAGGCGAAGACGUUCCUGAGGGGCCAUUGUUUCCCCCGAACCCCCGAUCGAAAUCCAACGCGCUGGACGAACUCAAGAAAAAGCGCAAGAAGAAGGCCCGCAAGAGCGAUGCUGCCGAGGAAGAACCUCUAGAUGACGAACUUUUGGAGGAGCGUCGCCAGGCACGUCUUUCGAAUGCCUUGGCUCGCCAAGCGAAGAUCAAGAGCGAUCUCUUCAUCCAUGCCAGCGAUGACGAGACGGACGAGGAAGCGGAUCAGGAGUUCUUCCGCCUGGAAGAACAGCGACGAAAGGAGCAAGCAGAGAAUGUCAAGAAAGCCAUUCUCAUGGGCGAUUUCGAGACAGCGCUGCCCAAAAGCAAGGGCAAGGGCAAGGGCAAGAAAGCAAGUGGGCGGAAGCGUCAGAGUGACCCAGCUGCCGCAGACCCGAAACGACGCCGUCGCGGAUCUGGCUCUGCGGGCCGGGAUGCUGGAAGUGGCGACGACCUGGACGAUAUUCUCAUGGCCGACCUGAAUGCGAAUGCCGUGUCCCCUCGCUCUCCGCAGGAAGUGUCUACCAGCCAUGGUGCCCAGGACGAGGACACGCCGCUCACGUCCGCCGAAGAUGAGAUGGAUUUCGACGAUGACCUUGCCUUUAGCCGGGACCGAUCAGCAAAGGCCGUAGCGCCGGCCGCAGAUACGGAUAGUGACGAAGAAGACACUCUUGUCGCACCUUCUAGCCGCCGGAUGCGAGGAGGGUUCGUCAUUGAGAGUGAUUCCGAGUAA